AUGGGCACUAGCAUCAUGCGCGAGGUCAAGAUCGGGGCGGAGCUGGGGAAGGGGCACCUCAACAUCGUGAAGCCGAGGGAGGUCGUGCUCACGAGGACGCACCUCGGCUUGGUGAUGGAGUACGUGGCGGGCGGCAACAUGGCGGAUCACAUUCUGAAGUCGAUCCUGCUGAAGUUUGGGGACUUUGACCGGCGGGACGGGCUGGUGAUGGACGAGGACGAGGCGUUGUACUUCUUCAAGCAGAUCAUCAGCGCCGUGGAGUACUGCCACCAACACCAGGUCGCUCACAGGGACCUCAAAAUGGACAACACCCUGCUGGAUGACGAGGACCCGCCGCGCAUCAAGCUCUGCGAUUUCGGGUUUGCGCGCAACUGGAUGGGCGCCCAGCCCCACAUGACCACCAUCACAGGCACCCCGGAUUACAUGAGCCCGCAGCUGCUGGGGGCCAAGUUGGGGGCGCCCUGCAUGCAG